GUUUACUUAUUAAUGUUUGUUCAAUAAGAAGCUUUUAUAAAGACAAUUAUUGUUGGUAAGACAUUUGUUCGAAGAAAAUUGUGGAAGUAUAGUAUCAAAAAAAAGGCAAAAUAUAAAAAUGAAUUAUCCAGUCUUGUUGAGAUUAUAUUUGUUUUUUUUCACAGCAUAUGGUAUCCCAGCCGAUAGUCAAAAUGAAGAACCAAAUGAGAUCCCAGCCGAUAACCAAAAAGAAAAAUCAUAUGGUAUCCCAGCCGAUAAUCAAAAUGUAGAACGCGAUGGCGAAAAUGCAGUUCAGACAUGUUCCGUCUGUUGGGAUAAUAAUCCAGAUACAUCAAUAGGAGUCUGUACACAUAAAUUUUGCAAAGGUUGUAUAGAUACUUGGAAAUUUAAUAAGAGAAGCUACCGUUGUCCUUUAUGCAAUUUUGUAUACGAUAACCUUGACAAUCAAGCAGAUGUCAAUAUCAUUUAUCAUGAUCCAAUUGAUGAAAUGUUCGAAAAUAUAGAUUAUAUCAUUACGAAUUCAGAUUAUUAUAAUAACAAUAGGACUUUUCAAGAAACAAUUAAUGAAUUAGUCGAAGAAUUGAAUAUUAACAAUAGGACUUCAGAUAAUACUGGAACAUCAAUUAUCACAUUUGAAGUAUCUAACGAUUUAAAUAUCUUUGCCGAAGCUAUGAGAAAUAUCAAUAGGAAUUCACCUUAUAAUGCUUAUAACUUCACUGAACUUAUAAGAAUUAUCAAUGCGAUUCAAGAUAAUAUGGAUGACUAUUCUCCAGUUUUGAUUAAUACCUUGGCCGAAGCUAUGAGAAAUAUCAAUACGACUUCAGAUAAUACUGGAACAUCCAUUAUGCCAUUUGAAGUAUCUAACGAUUUAAAUAUCUUGGCCGAAAAUAUAAGAAUUAUCAAUAGGACACCUUAUAAUGCUCAUGACUUAAGUGAGGUUAUAAGAAUUAUGAACGCGAUUGCAAAUAAUAUAGAUGACUAUUCUCCAGUUUUGAUUAAUACCUUGGCCGAAGCUAUGAGAAAUAUCAAUACGACUUCAGAAAAUACUGGUUCGAUGCGAAGCUGAGAAGGUGAAGAUUAAGAAAUACAAUACAAGUAGCAAAUUCUAAAUGAUAAUAUUUAAUAAUUAUUCUAUAAAAUCAUUAUUUUGUAAAACUUACUUGUAAAAUAAGAUUAUUUUCAACCACUUAAAAAAUUUUUUUAAAUAAUUAUUUAUUAAAAAUAUUGUAAAAUUAUUUAUUGUAUUACAAUGUAAAACUAAAAUGUUUAACAAGAAUUUCAUUAAAAUAUAUCAAU